AUGUCGACCGGCGGCGAUGCCACCACCACCGGACCAAACCCCACUCCACAUAUACAAAUAUAUCGUGAUUCUAUCUCAAGACACGGUUCUCAUUCUCCAAAUCCUACCCAAACCCACCAACUCCGCACCUCCGACUACAUCGACUUCGACAACGAAGAACUCUUCAACUCCAUCAUCGACCUUACCGCCGAUCAACACCACGAACACCAAGGCAGCCGCUCCUCUCCUACAUCAAAAUCAUUCAUCAAUUGGCUACCCAUCCUCAAAUUUUUCUGUGUUUCUUCAUCCAAUUCUUGCCAUGGAUCCUGCUCAAUCUGUAUGGAUGACUUCGAAUUUUAUUCAGGGGUGAAUCAAUUGCCGUGUAAGCAUGUUUUUCAUUCAGAUUGUAUCGUUCCGUGGCUUCGUAGGAGCAAUUCGUGUCCCUUGUGUCGGUACAAGUUACCGGCGGAGCAAAAUCCGAAGAAGUUGAAGAGGUAUGCGGUGAGUUUGGGGGAUCAGGAGGGCGGAUUUCAUGAUGCAAUGUUAAGGAAUGGGUAUGUUCAGACAAGGAUACGGUCGUCUUCUUCUUCUUGGUCGGUUAAUGGGCAGAUUGGGAGUGGUUUGGCAGCGGCUGGAAAUAGUGAGGACUCGGUCAAGCCCGUUGGUGCAAAGGGAGAGUGA